GCAAGCAGCAAUUCCGCUUCUGCUGUUUCGACACGCUGUUGCCGCACGAGCUGUAGACGUCGCGUUUGUCACUAUUGCCAAUUCAUUCUAAAUCGGCAGUUACAAAAACACAAUGGAGCCCUGAAGUCGAGGAUAUCUGCAGCUAGUAAACACGAGACUGGUCGGUUAUGUUGUAGCUGUGUUGCAUCAUGCUACAGAACGUACAGAGUCAGCUGAGCUUGCUUUCUCCGGGACCGUGACGGAUCAGAGGUGUUUAUUCAGAUGUGUGAAGCCUGUGCUUGCCUAGAAGACUGGAGAGAUCCUCUAGUGGAAGCAAGCUAACCCACACAUGGCCUGCGAGUCGGCUUUCCCCGCCAUCAUGGACGAGCAGGCCCUCAUGGGACUGAACCCCAACGCUGAUGCCUGCUACCGGCAGAGAGCACUGGCGUAUUUUGAGCAGCUGAAAGAAUCUCAGGAUGGAUGGGAGGUUUGUGCUGGAGCUUUGGCUAAAGGCAUCUACAGUGAUGACCAUGUGAAGUUCUUCUGUUUUCAAGUGCUGGAGCAUCAGAUCAAAUACAGACAUGCAAGACUCACCGGCGCUCAGCAGCAGCUUAUUAGAGAGACUUUGAUGAAAUGGCUCCAGUUGCAGUUGAUGAGCACACAGCCCGAGAAGGCGUUCAUCAAAAACAAGGCUGCGCAGGUGUUUGCGCUCACCUUUGUCAUGGAGUACCUGACGCUGUGGCCCAAGUUCUUUUUUGAUGUGCUGUCACUGGUGGGCCUGAACCCCCACGGCCUGGACAUCUAUCUGCGCACACUCAUGGCCAUUGACGCCGAGGUGGUGGACAGGGACAUCCUGCACACCCCAGAGAUCAUCAGUGGUUUAUUUCUGCAGGAGACCCGCAGGAACACACUGAUUAAGGACAGCAUGAGAGAGACCUGUAUCCCAGCUUUGGUAGAGUCGUGGUACCAGAUCCUACAGACGUAUCAGCAAAGUCACUGUGAACUCACAUGCCAGUGCCUGGAGGUAGUGGGAGCGUACGUGUCCUGGAUCGAUCUCAACCUCAUCGCCAACGACAGGUUUGUGAAUCUAUUGCUGAGUCAUAUGUCAGUGGAGGAGCUGAGAGAAGAGGCAUGUGAUUGUCUGUUUGAGAUCGUUAACAAGGGCAUGGACCCGGUGGAUAAAACAAAGCUAGUGGAGUCUCUCUCACAAGUCCUGCAAAAUGCCGGCUUCUUCAACGUGAAGCAGGAGGAGGACGUGGACUUCCUGGCAAAGUUCUCACGUCUGAUAAAUGGAAUGGGUCAGGCUCUGGUGUUAAGCUGGACCAAGCUAACUAAAACUGGAGAUAUGAAGGUUGCAUCAGAAACCCUGCAGGCUCUGGAGGUCAAAAUCCCUCUGAUGCUGCAGCUCCUUAUGCAUGAGGAUGAUGACAUUUCAGCGAAUACUGUGGGCUUCUGUUACGACUACUUACAUGUACUCAAACAGCUUCCUGUCCUCACUGAUCAGCAGAAGAGUAAUAUUGAGGCCAUCAUGAUGGCUGUUAUGAAAAAACUGACCUAUGACGACGAGUACAACUUUGAAAACGAGGGUGAAGAUGAGGCGAUGUUUGUGGAGUACAGGAAGCAGAUGAAGAUGCUGCUGGACCGUCUGGCUCAGGUCUCACCUGAGCUCUUACUGGAAUCUGUGCAUAGAAUUUUCACCAGCACCAUGCAGAGCUGGCAAACGGCCCGGUUCAUGGAGGUGGAGGUGGCGAUUCGUUUGUUCUUCAUGUUGGGUGAAGCUUUACCUGCAUCUCACGGAGCUCAUUUCAGUGGCGAUGCUGCGAAAGCCAGCACUCUACAGGAUAUGAUGAGGACGCUUCUCUCUAGUGGCGUAAGCGAGUACCAGCACACGUCGGUCACCCUGGAGUUCUUCGAGACUGUUGUUCGUUAUGACAAGUUCUUUAUCGUGGAGCCUCAGCACAUUCCAGUUGUCCUGAUGGCGUUUUUAGAUCAUCGUGGCCUGAGGCACAGCAGUCCGAAGGUGCGCAGCAGAGUGGCUUACCUUUUCUCCAGGUUCAUAAAAACAUUACAUAAACACAUGAAUUCCUAUAUCGAAGAUAUUCUAAACCGAAUACAGGACCUUCUGGCAUUAACUCCUCCUGAAAACGGAUUCCCUGCGCUCCUGACCAGCGACGAUCAGCUGUUCAUGUUCGAGACGGCUGGCGUUCUGAUCGUAAACAGCGAUAGCUCUGCUGACAGCAAACGGGUUCUCAUGCGGAGUCUGCUCGCACCGCUCAUGGAGGCCUUCCGCCUGUUGCUGGCCAAACUCACACAGGAGAGUGAUGAGGAGAGACAGACUGUGCUGGGCGACUGCCUCGGUCACGCUGUGGGCUUUGCCAGCCGCACCAGCAAGGCGUUCAAUAAUAAGCAGACGGUGAAGCUGUGUGGCUGCUCUGAGGUCUAUCUGGAAUGCCUGCAGACGUUCCUGCCUGCACUGAGCUGUCCUGUCCAGCGGGGCACAUUACGCAGUGCCGUGCGCUCCUUCCUCCACCGCAUGAUCAUCUGCCUUGAGGAGGAGGUCCUGCCUUUCAUCCCCAGUGCCAGCGAACACAUGCUAAAGGAUUGUGAGCCCAAGGACCUGCAGGAGUUCAUCCCCCUGAUCAGCCAGAUCACAGCCAAGUUCAAGAGCCAGGUGUCUCCGUUCUUGCAGCAGGUCUUCAUGCCAUUGGUUCUGGCCAUUUUUGAAGUAUUAUCUCGACCAGCAGAAGAGAACGACCAGACUGCAGCGCUGGAAAAGCAGAUGUUGAGGAGGAGCUACUUCAGCUUCAUCCAGACCAUUGCCAGCAGUGGUAUGAACGAGGUCAUGGCAAACCAGGGUGCUGAAAAUAUAGAGCGUGUUCUAUUCACCAUUAUUCAGGGAGCAGUGGACUUCCCUGACCCUGUUGCCCAGAAGACCUGUUUCAUAAUACUGUCCAGACUGGUGGAGCUCUGGGGAGGUAAAGACGGUUUAGUAGGGUUUCCAGACUUCAUUUACAAGCACAUUGUCCCAGCGUGCUUCCUGGCUCCUCUCAAACCAACCUUCGACCUGUCAGAUGCACAGACUGUACUGACCAUGUCCGAGUGUACGCUGACGCUGAAAAUGAUUCAUCUCAAGAGGGGGCCAGAGUUUAUUCAAUUUCUGCAGCAGGAAUACCUGCCCUCUCUGCAAGUCUCACCUGAGAUCACACAGGAGGCCUGUCAAGUGCUUCAACAGCCUGAUACCAAGGUUCUGAAAAAUUACAUGAAGGCCUUUUUUCAGCAAGCCAAGCUGUAACACCACGACAAUUUCAAGACGUACAACAAAAGGGCCGAGCUUAGAAUAGAAGCUGCUUUUGCACUUAAAGGAGAAGUUUAUCUGUGGCCGUCUCCGCUCCAAGGGGGAAAUGAGAUGCAGAUUACAGGGGACUCUGGUGAGGACGCGCUCCCACCAGACCGAUCACUAGCACUCUCCAUUUGGAGACGGACAUCUGUGAUUGGCCAACCAGACAAGGCAGGGAGCUAAGAGUUCACAGCAGAAUGGGAUUUGGAAGAGACAAAUUUUGUUCAAAACAAGGAAAAAAUAUAUUUUGGCGCUUAAAACUAUAUGAACUAUGAUUAUAGCAAUGUUUUGUAUUUGUGAGCGCUCUUUCAUGUAGGUGUUUAAAAAAAAUUUAAAGAGAUGUUUGAGCGUUACAACGAGGUUUCUGUAAUGAAGCUGUUCCAAGAUGAUUUUAUUUAAUGACUUAGAAUUUGCUUUCUUUUUUUGUCAUGAAAUAGUUUUGUUUUUAUUUUGAAGUGAAUGGGAAUAUGAAAGUGCUCUUCUAGAAAUGAAACAAUCUGAUGUGAACAAUUAAAUUUUGUUUUUGUUUUUUUCCCCCAUUCAUGGCAUAUUAAAUGCAGAGUACCCCGUUUAAACUGUA